AUGAAGUCGGGUAAGCUAUUGAUAUUUGGCGGUACGGGGUUCGUGGGCUCAGUAGUGGUUCGGAAGGCUCUACAGCGCGGCUGGAGAGUAAUAUGUGCAACUCGCGGUGGCGUACCAAUACACGGUUCACCUUUGUAUAAUGAUUUCACUUCAUUACAACAGAAGCACGGAGACACGCUCUCACAGGGAGUUGCACACGACACGUGUCAUGUCCCCCAACCGCUAGAGUUUGUUUCCCUUGAUGCCACAAGUCGCCUGCAGGUGUUUCAGUUCAUGGAUGACCACCCGGAUGCAAGUGCCAUUAUUAGUUGCAUUGGUCUCCUCACUAGAGAUCACGAAAUGGCGCGCCGUGUUUGUGGUGAUGCCAACGUAAACAUUGCAGCAGCUCUGUACGAACGAAGAGCUGUUGCACGCCGCAUGGUUCUCAUCUCCGCGGAACCAGUGGGCACGCGUGCCGGUUUUUUCUUGAACAGUCGCUGGGCGCUGAAGGGCUACUUCAUGGGAAAGCGUGUCGCUGAGCGGGCCGUGUUGGAGAACCUUGGUGACGACGGAGCUGUGCUGAGACCUGGUUUCAUUUAUGGCACGCGGCACGUGCCACUCGGGGAGGGUUGUGUGCCGGUUCCGCUGUGGCCUAUCGGCAAGCCUCUUGAAGCAGUGCUGCGGCCGCUGCACCUCCACGGCCUUUUGGUACCACCGAUUAGUGUCGAUGUUGUUGCAGAAGCGGCGGUGCGCUUAGCCGAAGCACCCGGACCGAGCACCGUACUUGACUAUUACGGUAUGCAGCAGGUCUGUGGGUUGCCUCAGGAUGGUCAUCAUGUGCUGGGUGGAGAUAAAACAAACAAAGAGGAGUGUGGUGAUAACAAUCAAAGUAAUAAAUGA